AUGGAAGGUGUGUUGGACUUUGACACGAUCGACGUGGAACUAGAUGAAGACCUUCUAAAGAAACAGAGUAGGAGAUGUAGAGAUGAGUUCUUGAACUCACUGUCUCUUGACGAUGAAGAUGAAGACUUCAUUAUCCCAUUAUUCGAGAAUGUUGAAGAUGAUGAAGCACCCGUGGAAGAAGAACCUUUGGAUGACGAACAGGAGGAGGAAGAAAAUGUAGAUGAAGUUGUGGAUGAAGAGGAAAAUGAUAGUGAAGCUCAGUUUAAAUAUUCCACACAUGAUCCAAAUGUGAAAUGGAAUAGAAUGAAACCUCAAGAGGGAGAAAGGUAUGAAUCUCCACAGCAACUUAAACUCUGUUUAACAAAUCAUGCCAUAUCUAAAGGUUAUCAGAUUAGGUUUCAUAAAUGUGAUAGUGUUAGACUACACUGUGUGUGUGCUAGUGAUCAUGAGAAAUUUGGUUGCCCUUAUUAUGUUAAAGCCUCUUGGAUGAGCACUGAAAAGUCAUUCCAAAUAAAGAAAAUGUAUCCACAUCAUACAUGUGUCAAGAAUUUUAACAAUGGAAAACUUAUGGGACCAACAUGGUUAGCUAGACAAUUCCUUAAAGAACUUAUUAGGACACCUAAUUUGAAAGCUAAGGAAAUCCAAGAAAAAGUUCAACACAAAUUUCACACUAAGAUUUCAUGGGUAAGGAGUUAUAGGGCUAGAUGUAGGGCAAUGUCCAUGAUUGAGGGAAAAUUAGGUGAUCACUAUGCAAGGGUGUGGGAUUAUGGUGGUGAAUUGCUAAGAUCCAAUCCAGACAGCACCAUUAAAAUUUGUGUCGAAGACAACAAUGAUGGUACAACUAUUUUCAAAAGGAUGUACAUAUGUUUCAAAUCAAUCAAAGAAGGGUGGAAGAUGGGUUGUAGAAGGGUAGUAGGGAUCGAUGGAUCUUUUCUGAAAGGGCAGUGUAAGGGACAAUUAUUAACAGCCAUAGGUAGGGACCCAAACAAUCACGUUUUUCCCAUAGCUUGGGCUGUAGUUGAAAUUGAGAAUAAGUUUAACUGGAAGUGGUUCCUUCAGUUGUUAGAGGUUGACCUUGGAAUGGAUGCAAGAAGGGGCAUGUGUGUAAUUUCAGACCAACAUAAGGGUCUUCUUGAGGCAACAAAGGAGGUGUUACCAUAUGUUGAGCAUAGACAGUGUGCACGACAUAUCUAUGCCAACUUCAGACAAGUAUAUAGUGGAAUUCAGUUAAGGAACCUAUUCCGGAAGGCUGCCAAAUCAACUGUAGAGGGUGAAUUCAAGAAUCACAUGGAUGAGAUAAGACAGAUUAGCCCAGAUCCUAAACCCAAUAAGAAAAUAGGCAGGCCAAGAUUGGACCCUAGUCUAACCCAAUGGACAAGACGUGGUAGAGGGGGGACAAGGGGAAAUAGAGGAGGUGGUAGGGUACCUAGAGGUGGGGGUGGCUUUCAUAGCUGGUUUGAAAGAGGUGAAACCUCAAAUACAGUACCACCCCAAAAAAGGGUCAAUGAAGAAUAUAAUUCUGAAGAGAUGGUGGAUGUAGAUGUGAUGAGUGAUGGAGAUGGGCUGGAUAUGGCAGAUAUGGACUACAUUACACAACAAAUUACAGAGUUGAGGAAAUCAGGUUACACUGAUGUAGACAUUAUGAGAUGCCUUGGAAUUACAAAAGCUCAUUUAGAAGAGUUUGGAUAUGUGGCUGCCAAUGUUGAAGGUGGACUAGAAGGAGAUGGACAGGGUAAUGAAGAAGAAGGAGGACAUGGACAAGGAGAUGGAGUGGAAGGAGGUGGAGAUGGACAAGAAGGAGAAGGAGAUGGAGAAAAAGAAGAUGGAGAAGGAGAUGAAGGAGAUGGACAAGAAGAAGAUGAAGAAGGUGUUCCAGUGAAUGAUCCAGUACAACAAGGGCAUUUUGGGAAUAAUAUGAAACAAAGAACAAGGAGACCCUCAGAGAGGAUCAUUCUUCAGAAGCUGAAAAAGAAGGUGGUUGACCCUCUUGGUAUAGGAAUGUGUGAAGAUAAGGCAUUAGUUAUAGAUUAGUGAUAGGGGUUAUCAUCUUUUGGUUCAUAUUUUGUAAAAGGUGGUACUAUGUAAACUGAUGCAUACCAUCUUUUGGUUCAUAUUUUGCAUACCACUUUGUGGUUCAUAUUUUGUAAAUGGUGGUACAUAUCCACUUAUAUUGGUUCAUAUUUUGUAAACAAUUACUGGUAAUUAAGCAAGGGCAUUAACCAAUGGUCACAAUUGAUCAAUGUCAUAUUUUAUUUCAAGUUUGGUUGUGCAGGUUAGCCUUGGUUAUUGACAGUUUUAUUAUUCAUAUGUGGUUCAUAGUUGUGGUACUUUGAUUUCACCAUAAUUCAAUACAACAUAAGUAAAAUGUUCA